AUGCCACGCCAAAUUGGGGGGAUUAGGGGCGGUCUGACGCUGGAGAAAUUAGCAUCGUACGACGACGUGAUUACGGACGCGCUGGUCGACAAGGUGACAAUUGGACUAAGCUGGGCGCACCAGGUCUACUACUGGACCACCAUUCGCAAGAACCAUGGCGGACGCUUCGCGGCUUCUCGAGGCAUGCACGAGGAGGAUAUCGCCGACCGCAUCCGAAAGCACGCCAUCUGGGAGAAGGGUCCCGCCGAAGCGGUACAGGAGCUGCUGAAAUUGCCGGGAUUGCGCAAGUUCAUGGCCAACAUGAAAGACGAGAAGGAUCAGGAGCAGUUCAAGCGACAUUUGAGGAGAUACGUCAACAUCUACAUGCCGGACUGCCCAUUCGAAGUCACCACGACCAACCGCUACAUGAUCACUGAACACGAAGCGUCGAUUACCGCACGAAGAGACAUCAAUCCGCGCGAGGAGAUCAAGUACCUGACUGGUGUUCAGGUCGCCAUGACCGAAGAGCAGGAGCAAAAGCUGGAACUGGCACGCAAGGACUUCAGUCUCGUCAUCUCUAGCAGGAAGAAGACGCGAUCCCUCUUCCUGGGACCCGCGCGCUUCGCCAACCACGACUGCGAUGCGAACGCGAGACUGUCGACCAAGGGCUACGAUGGGAUGCAGAUUGUUGCGGCGAAGCCAAUCGAGGCGGGUGACGAGAUCACAGUGUCAUAUGGCGAGGACUACUUCGGCGAGAACAACGAGGAGUGUCUGUGCAAAACAUGCGAGGAUCGAGGAGUCAAUGGCUGGGCGCCAAUGAAGCGGAUAGAAGAGAGCGAAGACGAGGAGGAAGAGGAGGAAGCUACACAGCAGCCAAGCAAGAAGCGCAAGUCAGAAUCUUUGGAGCCCACCCCGCGCAAGAAGGGUCGAUUUGUAAAGAGGUCACCAACGAAACCGCGCGCUUCAGAACAUCUACGAGAGGCGACCCUUAGAAAGGCGCACAGCACAUCGUCAUUGCCAGUCAGUAGUAUCGAGGACUCGGAAACGACGUCUCCAACAAAAGCACGCGACAUCCGCAACCUACAGCGUGACGGCCUGCUUACGCCACUCAACAUGAGUAUGGAUGAAACCAGCUCAUCACGCGACACAAGCCCCCAGUCGCUUGCGCACUCACCAAAGUCUGCACACUCCACCGACGCAACUUCCAUCGACGAAGAUCACUCGCCGGAAAGCCUGCCAAAAAUCAAGAUCGAAGCCGAGACUCUGCACGAGAACCCUACUUUGGGCGUGGCUACGCUCAUGACGCAAACCACAACAAUAACAACAACAACAACAACAACAACAACAACAACAACAACAACAACAACGGUAAACGCCCCGUUGCCUUCCCUUCUCUUCCCCGACAACGACAGCACAUCAGAUCUCAGCGACCUGUCAGACAGCCUAGAGUUUGACAGCGAGCGUGAGCAAAUUGUCAAGCGCAAAUACCGCCCAGCACUACGCACAACACGUUCAAAAUCUAACAUCGACCACCAGAAUCGCAUCGGUACACCUAUCGACCUGACAGCAGAGGACGUUCCUGAGGGAUGGGUUAGAAACAAGCGCAAGCCCGGCGACUACAUGACUAGCAGCGCAUGCCUCUCGGCGAAAUACAGCAAAUGGGUCGAAUGCCAGACAUGCGACAACAUGUUUGUCCAAGCGGAUGGCUACAACACACGCAAAGAAUGCCCGCGGUGCGAACGUCAUUCGAAGUUGUAUGGAUUCAGGUGGCCGAAAACAGAGAAAGAAGGGAAGCAAGACAAAGAGGAGCGCGUCCUCGAUCACCGCACCGUCAACCGCUUCGUUGACCCCGAUGAAGAGCGCGAGCUGAAGCAGAAUAAGACGAAGAAGAUGCUGGAGAAGAGCAUCAUCGAGCGGUACUCGACCCCAAGGAGUGAGAGGAGCAGCCUGAGCACGAGUGUGGACGUGGAUACGCCGCCGAAGAGGAGGAGGAAGGCGGCUAGGAAGACGAUGUAGAGCACAGGUCUUUCACCUCCAAUAUCAACACGGCGAGACGGUCUGAGCAUGGAGCAACGAGGUAUACGUAUCUGAAGAAAGCAAAGUAUGGCGCAAGGCAAGAUCAUAGCAUCUCAAACCGGCGCAAGGAGUAUUUAUACACGACAUGCGACUUAUUGUUUGGGUUGUCAUCGAUUGGGUUGCGCUUUGGCGUACUUGUAGCAUUGAGCAUUUGGUAUGAAAGAGGGUUAUGGAUCACAAGUAGAUUCAUCAGUGUACAGUAUCAGGAGAGGCAGAAGAACUAGGCAAUAUCGAAGAUACACU